GUCCGUCGCCGACGGGGCGGCGUCGCCGGCUGCGCGCCCGCGGAGCCCAGCUGCGCGGAGCCUUCUCCCUUAGAAACCGCCGCGGGGAGCGGCUGCUGCUUUUUUUUUUCCCCUAUAAGCCGUUUCCGGUUUGCUGCCAUAUUCCUCUUUUUUUUUUUCCUGUGGGUUUCUCCCUUCCCCCCCCUCCCCGGGACGGGGCGAGCGGGGGCGGGCGAGGGAGCAGCGCGCCGGAUCCGCGGCACUGCGCGAUGCUGCCGGCGGCGCAGCCCUGAGCGCCCGGCGCGGCUCGGCUCGGCUCGGCGGCCCGGGCAGCAGCGCGGCGGCGGCGGCCGCGCCCCCGGCGCGGAGACAAAGCGGGGCCGCGCACACGCGGAGCCCGGCACCAUGGGGAGCAGCAAGAGCAAGCCCAAAGACGCCAGCCAGCGUCGGCGCAGCCUGGAGCCCGCGGAGAACGCCCACCACGGCGGCUACCCGGCCUCCCAGACGCCCAGCAAGACGGCCGCUCCCGACGCCCAUCGCACCCCCAGCCGCACCUUCGGGACCAUGGCUGCGGAGUCCAAGCUCUUUGGGGGCUUCAACACCUCCGACACCGUCACGUCGCCGCAGCGCUCCGGGGCUCUGGCAGGUGGAGUCACCACCUUCGUGGCCCUCUACGAUUACGAGUCCCGGACGGAAACAGACUUGUCCUUCAAGAAAGGAGAACGUCUCCAAAUUGUCAACAACACGAGAAAAGUGGACGUCAGGGAAGGCGACUGGUGGCUGGCUCACUCCCUCACCACCGGGCAGACGGGCUACAUCCCCAGCAACUACGUCGCCCCCUCGGACUCCAUCCAGGCCGAAGAGUGGUACUUUGGGAAGAUCACGCGGCGCGAGUCCGAGCGGCUGCUGCUCAACCCGGAGAACCCCCGCGGGACCUUCCUGGUGCGGGAGAGCGAGACCACGAAAGGUGCCUACUGCCUCUCCGUCUCCGACUUCGACAACGCCAAGGGGCUCAACGUGAAGCACUACAAGAUCCGCAAGCUGGACAGCGGCGGCUUCUACAUCACCUCGCGCACCCAGUUCAACAGCCUGCAGCAGCUGGUGGCCUAUUACUCCAAGCAUGCCGAUGGCUUGUGUCACCGCCUCACCAACGUCUGCCCCACCUCCAAGCCCCAGACCCAAGGCCUGGCCAAGGACGCCUGGGAGAUCCCCCGGGAGUCUCUGCGGCUCGAGGUGAAGCUGGGGCAAGGCUGCUUUGGAGAAGUGUGGAUGGGGACCUGGAACGGCACCACCAGAGUGGCCAUAAAGACACUGAAACCUGGCACCAUGUCUCCGGAGGCGUUCCUGCAGGAAGCCCAGGUCAUGAAGAAGCUCCGCCACGAGAAGCUGGUUCAGCUCUACGCAGUGGUUUCGGAGGAGCCCAUUUACAUCGUCACAGAGUACAUGAGCAAAGGGAGCCUCCUGGACUUCCUGAAGGGAGAGAUGGGCAAGUACCUGCGGCUGCCCCAGCUCGUGGACAUGGCGGCUCAGAUCGCAUCCGGCAUGGCCUACGUGGAGAGGAUGAACUACGUGCACCGCGAUCUCCGCGCAGCCAACAUCCUCGUGGGUGAGAACCUGGUGUGCAAAGUGGCCGACUUCGGCUUAGCACGCCUCAUCGAGGACAACGAGUACACCGCCCGGCAAGGUGCGAAGUUCCCCAUCAAGUGGACAGCCCCCGAAGCGGCUUUGUAUGGCAGGUUCACCAUCAAGUCGGAUGUCUGGUCCUUUGGCAUCCUCUUGACCGAGCUGACCACCAAGGGCAGAGUGCCAUACCCAGGGAUGGUCAACCGGGAGGUGCUCGACCAGGUGGAGCGGGGCUACCGGAUGCCUUGCCCGCCCGAGUGCCCCGAGUCGCUGCACGACCUCAUGUGCCAGUGCUGGAGGAAGGACCCGGAGGAGCGGCCCACCUUCGAGUACCUGCAGGCCUUCCUCGAGGACUACUUCACGUCGACAGAGCCCCAGUACCAGCCCGGUGAAAACCUAUAGACCUGGACCUCCUCCUGGUGCCAGAGACCCCUGGCCUCGCUGUGCGUGCGUGGGGCACGUGGCUCACGGAGGUCUACCCUCCUCGUGCACGAGGCAGGUUUUGAGGAGCAGUCCCGGGGGCAGGACACGGCAGUGCCUCCAGGCAUGGACAGUGGAGGUGCUGGAUUCUCCUGUGGCUAAUUAAGACUUCUGGUCCCUGUUUAACGAAGCGUCGCUGUUCUGCUGGUGAGAGGAGUCUGAAGGCACCGUGCACCGGCCAGGCCGGGGACAUCGCUCCGGAUGGCGAGCGGAGAAGUGGGCUUGUGGGGCACCAUCCUCCGAGAGCCUUUGGCCUUUGCGAGACGCUUUCCCCCCGGUAGCCCCGUGGUGCCUGGGGGUGGCCGGCUCUCCGGGUCGGACGUCAGCGCUGCAGAACACCACCUCCCGCCUCGGACACACGGUCCUGGCCCCCCGCACCCCUUUCUGCAUCAGCACAAGUCUCCCUGCCCGCCUUCGCCUGCCCCGCAGUCCCUCUCCGUGCCCCGUGCCAGUCCUCCCCGAGGGGCUCGCGGGGACCUUUCACUGUGGGGAAGGCACUAGCCGUUGCUGUUUCUGACUCGGAUACCCAGCCGGAGGGCGGACGCUACGUUUCGGUGCACCGGGGCCCGGUGAUGGCCACCUCUUCCAUCCUCCCUGUGGCAUGGCUGCAGAUGUGGGGUGGGAGCCAGGACGUGGCCGUUCUGCGUCGCUCUGGCUUCGAGCUCCCUGUCCGUACCUCGGGCAGGACUCUGCGGCCGAGCUGCAUUAGCGCCUGUGUUGGUAGUGUUAAAUGUCACUGCUUGCGGCUCUGUGUCCUGGGCUGCCGGGGGGCAGGUUUGAGUCUUCCAGCUGUGUCUGUCCCCCAGCAAAGGGGACCUGUGUCACCCAGGGAGCUACUUCUGGGAACACCACCAUGGGAGAUGCCACAAGAGUCCCUUCCCUUGCCUCGCUACCCAGCCCCGCUGCUUCAGAUGGGUUUUCUUCCACAAAACGCUCCUGGUCUUCCAGCCGGCACCCCACAAAACGCGUGGGAACAACACCAAGCUGCGCGCUCCCUCCCUCCCACUUUGCUGCAAGGUUUUUCACUGCUAGAGAAACAGGGCUGUGGAGUCGCUCCGUCCUGUCCCUGCGCAGGUCCCCGGCCCACCAUGAGGCUGGGGACGGAGCGUCCUUGGAGGACGGACCUCUUCUGGUGGGAGCACCCGUGCCGGUUCGCAGGCCGCGUGUGCGCAGUCAUCCAAGCCGGCCGCAGCGCUCCUGCGGGAGCACGGCUGUUCUGGGUGCCGAUAGAAGUCCUGAACGGUGUGGUUCCCCCAUGCCCCCUCCCUCUUCCCUCAGCCUGCACAAGGAUGUGGCAAGCAGCUCCCUGGGGCUGUUUCUGGGGGAGCGUUGGGCUUUCACCGACGCUUCUGGCCGCCUGGUAUGUUUUCAGCAGCCUGCCCUCGCUCCCGCGGCCGCAGCGCCCAGUGGGGCAAAGUGAGCGCCGUGCCGACGGCUCUAGGCCGCCGGAGGAGCAUUCCCGGGAAGCAGCUCGUCUUCGCACUUGCUCCCCAAGGCACAUCCCCUGGAGGCUGAACCCCCCUGGGAGUGAAGCCGUGGGUCCCGCGGCCACGGUGGCCGGAGCGGCGGAGCAGCCCUUUGCUCUUGGCGGGAGGAGCGCUCCCGAGCUGCCGCGGGGAUUUGUACAUAGCCCUCAAGCGGCCCGCGCGCUCUCCCAGAAGUUGACUUGUUGCAUGUGUUUCUUCCCCCCCCGACGGUAACGCUAACAUGUCUGUUCGCGGUUGUACCCAACCGGAGUCCUUGGCCGCGCUGGCUUGCUGGGCUUUGGUUACAGCCACCGCUGCCGUGUCCCUGCCCGUAUUCCCGCUAUCCUCUGUGCCAAAAACCCUCGCGGGACAGGACCGCUGUCCAAUGCGUGUGUGUUGCUCUCAGCCCGGGUGUUUCUUCCAGGAGCUCAGCAGCGUUUUGUGGCUUCCAUCAGGGCUAGACGUCUCUCCCUGGUAGCAGCAGCCUGGCCUCCUUGCGCAGAAGGGCCCUGGGGCUUGCGGGGGCACUCCUGGGCCCCGUAGCUUUGUGCCCCUCUCGCUCCUCCGUCGUUUUUUCCCUUGCCUCUGUCAUUUGUGCAAGCUGCGGCAGAGCCCACCUGCCUCUCGCCCGCUCCCUGCGCGGCAGGAGCAUCUCGACACCUGCGUGAAGCCGGGCAAGGGGCGCUGCGCUGCGGGGAGGAGCCGCUGCUGCCCCGAGAAGCAGCGUGCCGCGGGCCGCAGCCUCCUGCGCUCGCCACCAGCCUCGCCGCCAGCCCCGUGCUGCUAAAGGGCAAACUCCUCCGCGGCCCCGGGAGGCGGCGGACGGCGGCUGGGCUCCCUGCCGUGGCGCCCCUCCUGCCCCCGGGAGCCGCCCGAGCCGCCGGUGCAGCCCCACGUCUUAUUUAUUAACCAAGUCCUCCAUCAGUCGGUUGGUCUGCGGAUCCUUUUUAAUUAGCAACAGCUUCAAAAUCGGCUCGAAUGGGCUCUCCUUGGUCAGCACAGCGCGAUCCUGUCCUGGUUGGCUUGCAGAGCAGCAGCUGCUGUAGUGAGUUUUUGAAU